UCAAUAAUGUUUCCUGUGGUUUCUGUUUCUACUUAAAGGGAAGCCUUUGGACUUGUUCCCAUACUCACUCAUCUCCCAACUCCCAUAAAAACGCCAAAAGAUUUCUAGAUCUCUAAGACGGAACAAUGGCUCAAACGACACCUAAUCACACACAAACUGUUUCUGGUUGGGCAGCUCAUGAUUCUUCUGGCAAGAUCACACCUUUUAACUUCAAGAGAAGAGAAAAUGGUGAGAAUGAUGUGACCAUUGAGAUCUUGUAUUGUGGGAUGUGUCAUACGGAUGUUCAUCAUGUCAAGGACGAUUGGGGCAUUACUAUGUACCCUGUUGUGCCUGGGCAUGAAAUUACUGGGAUUAUAACAAAGGUUGGAAGCAAAGUGGGGAAAUUCAAGAUAGGAGACAGAGUGGGGGUAGGCUGCUUGGCAGCAACAUGUUUGAAAUGCGAGCACUGCGAGGAGUCUCAAGAGAACUACUGUGACCAAGUGCAAUUUACUUACAAUGGCAUCUUUUGGGAUGGCAGCAUCACUUAUGGUGGCUACUCAAAAAUGCUUGUUGCUGAUCAUAGGUACGUGGUACGUAUACCAGAUAACAUGGCAAUGGAUAGAGCAGCCCCAUUAUUAUGUGCAGGCAUAACAGUUUAUACUCCUUUGAAAGACAAUGACUUGGUGGACACCAAAGGUAAAAAAAUAGGAGUAAUAGGUCUUGGUGGACUUGGACAUGUGGCUGUUAAAUUUGGAAAAGCAUUUGGACAUCAUGUGACUGUGAUUAGCACUUCUCCAUCCAAAGAACAAGAAGCCAAACACAGCUUAGGUGCUGAUGAUUUUAUAUUAAGCACUAAUCCCAAACAAAUGCUGGAAAAGAAAAGGAGCCUAGACUUUAUUUUGGAUACAGUUUCAGCCAAACACUCACUUGGGAGUUAUUUAGAGCUACUAAAAGUGAAUGGAACUCUAGUGAUUGUUGGAGCACCAGAUAAGCCAAUGGAUUUGCCUGCUUUCCCUAUGAUUUUUGGGAAGAGAACAGUGAAAGGAAGCAUGAUAGGAAGCAUACAAGAGACACAAGAAAUGAUGGACUUAUGUGGGAAACAUAACAUCUUGAGUGAUAUAGAGAUUAUCACUACUGAUCAAAUCAAUGAAGGACUUGAAAGGCUUGUUAAAAAUGAUGUCAAGUACCGUUUUGUCAUUGACAUUGCUGCUCCAUCUUAAAAUUUAUUCCUAUCAUUUUAAUUCUUGUUAUGUAUGUGUGAUUUUCAUUUCAUUUUAUUCCAAUUCCCUGAACGUGUGUCUUAAUGUUAUGAUGUUGCUUGUUUAUUUACCGAAAUAAUAUAUAAGUAACCCUUUCUCUUU